AUGAUUGGCCUGAUUGUUGUCACACUUCUGGGCGCUGCAGCACCUACAGAUGACAGGAUUGUGGGUGGCUACCAGUGUCCAGCCCACUCUCAACCCUGGCAGGUGUCUCUCAAUGUCGGCUACCACUUCUGCGGCGGAUCCCUCAUCAACGAACAGUGGAUGGUCUCUGCUGCCCACUGCUGGCAAAAGUUUAUUGCCGUCUUGGGAGACAACCACAUCUGGCAGAAUGAGGGCACGGAGCAGUACAUGUCAGUUGAUGCCAUCUACUGGCAUCAGAGUUACGACUACAAGACCCUAGACUACGACAUCAUGCUGAUGAAGCUGGCACACCCUGUGACUGUGAACCAGUACGUCAAGCCUGUAGCCCUGCCCAAAGCCUGCCCCACACCCGGGGACAUGUGCACGGUGUCUGGAUGGGGGAACAUCUACACUGAUCAAGGUGAGGGGGCAAAACUUCAGUGUGUGGAAGUCCCCAUUCUGUCUAACAAGGACUGUGAUGGUUCCUACCCCGGCAUGAUCACUGACCGCAUGGUGUGUGCUGGAUACCUGGAGGGAGGAAAGGAUUCUUGUCAGGGUGAUUCUGGUGGUCCUCUGGUGUGUAACGGGGAGCUGCAGGGUAUUGUCUCAUGGGGCCAGGGCUGUGCUCAACCCAACUACCCAGGUGUUUAUACCAAAGUGUGCUCACUGAUGCCCUGGAUCAACGAUAUUCUCUCCACAUACUCCUAG